AUGCAAAACAUGAGUGAAGGUACUGGUAGAGCAUGUAGAAACAAUGAGUGUGUAGAUACUUCGUGUAGGUGUCCUCCAUGUUCAAAAGAAUAUGCAAUAAAGUGUGAAUGUUCAAAAUCAGAUCUUCAGGGGCCUUCUCUAUGCCUAAGGAAUGGUUCAAACGGAUGCUGUUUGUGCCACUACAAGUGA